AUGGCUCCUUCUAUCGAAGUCGCCUCGCCAACCCCUGCGUCUGCCCCGGUUGAGGCGAAAGGCGAGUCUCAGAAAGCCACUGCAUCGGGCUACAUCCGUGAACCACUAAAGUACAGCGGCUCACUCGACGAGUAUAAAAGUUUCGACGUCACGCCCAUUAUCGGACGCGAAUUUUCUGAUCUGCAGCUGACUGAUAUCCUCCACGAUGACCAAAAGCUCCGCGACCUGGCCAUCACCGUUUCUCGCCGCGGCGUCGUCUUCUUCCGCAACCAGAGUAUCAACUCUGACGAGCAAAAGGUUCUGGGCCAGAAACUUGGUGAGUUGACGGGGAAGCCUGCCACGUCCAAGCUCCACCGACACGCUGUCAACAACGCUGGCAGAAAGCUGACAGUGAACGAGCACGGCAAACUCGACGACGAAGUCUCCGUCAUCUCCUCUGAGACAAACCGCAAAUACUACGGCGACCGCUUCGCCAACAAUACCCGCCAUCUUGCUAGCGAGGGAUGGCAUGCUGACAUAACCUUCGAGCGAGUCCCCUCUGACUACGCCAUUCUCAAAAUUACCCACUCCCCAGAAGACCAGACCGGCGGUGAUACGCUUUGGGCAUCGGGGUAUGAAGUGUACGACAGACUCUCGCCGCCCAUUCAAGCCCUGACAGAUACCCUGACGGCUGUUCACCACCAGCCGUCCUUCAACAACAUCGCCAAAGAACACGGCAUCGAACUCAUUCAAGGAGACCGGGGUGCGCCCGAGAACACCGGGUACGAUUUCAGGGCUAGCCAUCCCCUCAUCCGCACAAACCCGGUCACUGGUUGGAAGAGUCUCUUUGGUGCUGCCGGGCAGGUCGACAAUGGUUGGAUCGAGGGCGUGACGAAGCGCGAGAGUGAGAUUUUGAAGAAAUAUUUCCGCCAACUCAUCGCCGAGAACCAUGAUCUCCAGGUCCGAUUCAAAUGGGGCACGAAUGAUCUUGCUAUUUGGGAUAACCGGUCUGUCUUCCAUACGGCGACAAACGACUACGAUGGAAAGCGACAAGGCAACCGGGUCGUCUCACUGGGCGAAAUCCCGUACUUUGACCCUGCAUCCAAGUCGAGACGUGAGGCGUUGGCGGCUGAAGCAUAG